AUGGUGAACGUUGGUAUUAACGGAUUUGGUCGUAUUGGCCGUAUUGUGUUCCGCAACUCGCUGAACCACGCUGACACGGAUGUGGUGGCUGUGAACGACCCGUUCAUUGACCUUGACUACAUGGUGUACAUGCUCAAGUACGACUCGACGCACGGCCGCUUCGACGGUGAGGUGUCGGCUCGUGAUGGCAAGCUGAUUGUGAAUGGCCGUGCCAUCCACGUGUACGCUGAGAAGGACCCUAGCAACAUCCCGUGGUCGGAGAGCGGUGCGCUCUACGUGAUUGACUCGACGGGUGUGUUCAAGUCGAUCGAGAAGGCCUCGGCUCACCUGAAGGGUGGUGCGCGCAAGGUCGUGGUGUCGGCUCCCUCGGAGGACGCGCCGAUGUACGUGUGCGGUGUGAACCUGGACUCGUACAAGACGUCGGACAACAUUGUGUCGAACGCCAGCUGCACGACCAACUGCCUGGCGCCGCUGGCCAAGGUGGUGCACGACAAGUUUGGCAUCAUUGAGGGUCUGAUGUCGACGGUGCACGCCACGACGGCUACGCAGAAGACGGUCGAUGGUCCCUCGGCCAAGGACUGGCGCGGUGGCCGCGCUGCUGGCGCCAACAUCAUCCCCUCGAGCACGGGUGCUGCUAAGGCUGUCGGCAAGGUGAUUCCCAGCCUGAACGGCAAGCUCACGGGUAUGGCGUUCCGUGUGCCUACGAUCGACGUGUCGGUCGUGGACCUGACGGUGCGCAUUGAGAAGGGCGCGUCGUACGACGAGAUCAAGGCCGAGAUCAAGCGUGCCUCGGAGAACGAGCUCAAGGGUAUCCUCGGCUACACGGAGGACGAUGUGGUGUCGCAGGACUUUGUGGGCGACAACCACAGCUCGAUCUUUGAUGCCAAGGCCGGUAUCGCGCUUGGCCCCAACUUUGUCAAGCUCGUGUCGUGGUACGACAACGAGUGGGGCUACUCGCGCCGCUGCCUGGACCUCAUCGCCUUCAUGGCCAAGAAGGACGGUGCCAACUAA